CAAUCAUAUUGUUUUCAACCUGCAUCGUUUGUACUAACUAGGAAAUCUUGUACUUAAUUUCAAUAUGAAACUGCUAUUGGUUUUUCUUGGCCUAUUCUUAGCCGUACUGGCUCAAGACAAAUACGAACCAAUCGAUGACAGCUUUGAUGCUUCUGAAGUCUUGAGUAACGAAAGGCUUCUUAAGUCGUACACUAAGUGUUUACUGAAUCAAGGGCCCUGCACUGCAGAAUUGAAGAAAAUUAAAGAUAAAAUCCCAGAAGCUUUGGAGACUCAUUGUGCGAAAUGUACUGAUAAACAGAAGCAGAUGGCGAAACAACUUGCGCAAGGAAUUAAGAAGACACACCCGGAGUUAUGGGACGAGUUCAUUACUUUUUACGACCCUCAAGGAAAAUAUCAAACUUCUUUCAAAGAUUUUCUUGAGUCUUAAAUAAAAAAAACAGUAUUUCAGUUUGUUUAAUAGAUAUAUUCAUUUGGAUUAGGUAAUAUCUGAUUUUUUAGGCAUAUGUGUAUUACAGUGAAUAAAAUUAUUAAUUAGAA